AAAAUUUCUAAAAGAUAACCCGGUAUUUCUUUCUUCUUUCUUAAAUAUAUCUUAUGAACUUCUGUUAUUUACAUGAACCAAAAACUUAUCCCAAAAAUUUUCAUUGGCGUGAUAAUCUUAAUCAUGUUUUGUGAUUAAAUUUAAUGUGAUAAGGACAUAUCUAUGCCCAUUGCAGCAAUAGAAUCAUUAGUUGAAUUAAUAAAACAUAGCAAAGCAACGACACUAUCGGAAUUUAUGGAAUCCCUUAAAGAUGCAAGUCAAAAACUUAAAUCUUCUGUGAGGAAUUCUAUUUCGUUAUCAGCAGGAGCUGACCUAUUUUUGAGGUUUGUUACAAGAACAUCACACGAUGUAACAAAUUUUGAAGCAUGUAAAGAACAUUUAAUGAAUAGUGGAAAGGUUUUAGUUGAAAAGGCUGUAGCAGUUAGACAUAAAAUUGCUGAAUUGGGUGUACAAUUUAUUAAAGAUGAUGCAACGAUAUUGAUUCAUUCAUAUUCUCGUGUGGUAAUGUUACUUCUUCAACAAGCAGCUGCUCAUAAGAUACGAUUUAAUGUCUACGUGACAGAAUCGAGGCCGACAUCUUUAGGAAUUAAAUCAGCCAAAAUAUUGUGUAAAGCUGGUAUUCCUGCUACAAUUAUACUUGAUACAGCCGUCGGUUAUGUUAUUGAUAAAGUUGAUGCUGUAUUUGUUGGUGCUGAAGGCGUUGUUGAGAAUGGCGGGUUAAUCAAUGCGAUUGGAACUUAUCAACUUGCAGUUGUUGCCAAAGCUGCUAAUAAACCAUUCUAUGCUGUAAUUGAAAGUUAUAAAUUUGUUCGUUUAUUUCCACUUAAUCAGUAUGACCUCCCAACACACACUUCUGACUUAUUAGCAUUUCCUGAUUUGGAGUCCCGUUGUUACCAAGAAUCUCAAAUUGGUGAAAAUAGCGAACAAAACAUUAAAGAAGAGGAUUAUGAUGUUGAAAAUUUUGUGGCUAGAAACCCAACGGUGGAUUACACUCCUCCUGAAUAUAUUACUUUAUUAUGUACUGAUUUAGGUGUAUUAACUCCAUCUGGUGUUAGUGAUGAAUUAAUUAAAUUAUAUUUAUAAUAAUAGAUAUAAUAAUUUUAUUUUAUUUACAAAA